CUGAACUUAUACUUAGAUUGGACAAAUUGUACAGAAUAUCAACAGCAGAACUAUCACAUUAUUGAUAGUUAAAAAUCAUAAAACUCAUUCUAUCGGCGGUCUAAAGAUUUUUUGUUGCUGAAAAUGUUAUCACUCAUAAACCGAGCAGUACACAUGUGUGUACAUGUUUUCAUGUACAUCAGCUGUUUCCAAAUUCCAAUUCUUGUACAAGGUGGAGAAACAUGCUCCCAGGAACCAAAAGAAGGGAUUACAAAAAUCUUCCAAGAUAUUUCAACCUGGGUUCAGGACUUGAUCCCGUCCAUGCUACCUUACUGCGGGCCUAAACUAGAGUGUACUGCUCUAAUGUGCUGUAAUGACACAGAUGAGAUUAUACGUAAGUGUGUCCUAGAGUACUGGACUGGACCAGCUGUACUUGGAGUACUCAUCAUAAUUGUACUCUCUACCCUCUGCUGCUGCUACUCAAUGUGCUGUGGAAAACGAUCAAAAUAAACCGUUGCUUAAAUAUAAUAUGAAAAUAACAAAACUUUUUCCUUUUAAAUCUCCAUAUUUUUGGGGCUUAUUAUAAAAUCUGCUUUUGUUACAUAUCUCUUGGAAAUUAAUAUUGAAAUUAAAAUAAAUAUUUUAAAGAUAAAGAA